UCUCCCGAAACCGCCUGAAGGCACGACCGCGGGCCAGGGCGGCGGACCCACAGCAGCCCCCCGGGCGGUCUCUGCUGGCCCCCGCGCCGCGGCCCCGCGCCCCGCUCCCGAGUCCCGUCCCGGCCUCUGAGGCAGGAAGGCGGACCGGAGAGCUCGCCCUUUCCCUCUGGCCUCACCGAGGAAGAGCGCCCCGAGACGCCGCAGCCUGUGAAAGUCCCCGGGACUCCCAGUGAGGAAGUGACACUCCCAAGCCGGCCGGCCGCAGCUGCCAGCCCUGCACGGCCUCCGGCGCGGCGGCCCUGGAGCGCGCGGCGUGGAUCUCCCACUCGGCUGGCCCGGCCCGCCCGCCGCCCCGCGGGGUCCAUGCGCAGGGCCCCCGGCCCGGCUCUUCCCCAGAGCCGCGCUGCGACGGCUGAUCCGAGCCGGGGAGACCAUCUUACCGGGGUGCCAGGCAGCGGGGAGGCGAGACGGAGGGGCAGCCUCUUCGGAACUAACUCAUGAAGAACAAGGGUGCCAAGCAGAAGCUGAAACGCAAGGGAGCCGCCAGCGCGUUUGGCUGUGACCUGACAGAGUAUCUGGAAAGCUCAGGACAGGAUGUUCCAUAUGUAUUGAAGAGCUGUGCAGAAUUUAUUGAGACCCAUGGGAUUGUGGAUGGAAUCUAUCGGCUUUCCGGGGUCACCUCAAACAUACAACGGCUAAGGCAAGAGUUUGGUUCAGAUCAAUGUCCAGAUCUGACAAGGGAAGUGUACCUCCAAGACAUUCACUGUGUGGGCUCACUCUGCAAGCUCUACUUUAGAGAGCUGCCCAACCCCCUCCUGACCUACGAGCUCUAUGAGAAAUUCACGGCGGCUGUGUCACAUUGCCCAGAAGAAGGCCGACUGGCCAGAAUCCAAAAUGUUAUCCAGGAACUUCCCCCAUCCCAUUAUAGGACCUUGGAAUACUUGAUUCGCCACCUGGCACGCAUCGCCUCCUUCAGCAGCCAGACCAACAUGCAUGCCAGGAACCUGGCUCUGGUGUGGGCCCCAAACCUCCUCAGGUCUAGAGAAAUUGAAGCCACUGGUUGCAAUGGGGACGCAGCCUUCCUUGCAGUCCGGGUCCAGCAGGUGGUGAUUGAGUUCAUAUUGAAUCACGUGGAUCAAAUCUUUAACAGUGGUGCACCUGGUUCUCUACAGAAUGACGAAAACCGACCCAUCAUGAAGAGCCUGACCCUGCCAGCCCUUUCCCUGCCUAUGAAGCUGGUGAGCCUGGAGGAAGCUCAAGCCCGCAGUCUGGCCACCAACCACCCUGCUCGAAAGGAAAGGAGGGAGAACAGCCUGCCUGAGAUUGUCCCCCCCAUGGGCACCCUCUUCCAUACUGUCCUUGAGUUACCAGACAAUAAGAGAAAGCUUUCCAGUAAAUCAAAGAAGUGGAAAUCAAUAUUUAAUCUGGGACGUUCUGGAUCAGAUUCCAAGUCCAAGCUGAGUAGAAACGGGAGUGUGUUCGUGAGAGGGCAGCGGCUCUCAGUGGAAAAGGCUACUAUCCGACCAGCUAAAAGCAUGGAUUCCCUGUGUUCGGUACCUGUUGAAGGAAAAGAAACCAAAGGAAAUUUCAAUCGAACAGUCACCACUGGUGGAUUUUUUAUUCCAGCAACAAAAAUGCACUCAACCAACACUGGCAGUUCAUGUGAUCUCAGCAAGCAGGAGGGUGAAUGGGGCCAGGAGGGGACUCUGGCUGGGGCAGAGGGGGGCUUUGACAUGAGCAGUGACCGGAGCCAGCACCAGAGCCCUCAGCCUCGACCCCCACCAGAGCAGCUGAAGGUGUUCCGGCCUGCAGAGGAUCUUGAGGGCGAGCAAACAGCCCCAAAGAUGCUGGGGAUGUUCUACACCUCCAGCGACAGCCCCAGCAAGUCCGUGUUCACCAGCAGUCUCUUUCAGAUGGAGCCCUCGCCACGCCACCAGCGCAAGGCCCUGAACAUCUCUGAGCCCUUUGCGGUGUCAGUGCCGCUCCGUGUGUCAGCGGUCAUCAGUGCCAACAGCACCCCGUGCAGGACACCCCCAAAGGAGCUGCAGUCUCUUUCCAGCCUGGAAGAGUUUUCUUUGCAGGGCUCAGAGGGAGGAGGCUGGCCAGAAGAGGAGAAGGCACUGGUAGCUGAGUCUUCUACAGCAGCCAUCCCCCAGAAGGCAGCUCUCGAGGAUGUCAAGCCAGAGCCUGAAGCAGCGGCAACACCAGAGAGCGACCAAGGCCUUACCCUGGAUUCAGGCGCCCAGCUGGAGGAGCAAAAAACCUUGGAAAUCUUGCUGGGCUCUCAACAUUCAAGAGAAUUGGAGAUGGGGCCAAACACAGAGAAGGUGUCAGAGGAGGGCCAAGAGGCUGACUGGGAGGAGCCCAGUGCUCUGCCAGGGAGCCCCAGGACCAAGGCGGAAGCUGUGUUUCUCCAUGAGAUGGAUGAAGAUGAUCUGGGCAGUGCUCUAAUCUGGCCCGAGAUCCAACAGGAGCUGAAAAUCAUCGAAUCCGAGGAGGAGCUCUCCACAUUGCCACCUCCUACUCAGAAGCUCAGCCCAACUCAACCUCUUGUCGAAUCCAAGGCAGGGCCUUCUGCCUCCUCAGAGUCAUCUCAGCAGUUGUCUUGUGACCCCACUCCUGAUCCCAUCUGUGCUCCCCAAGAGGAGUGGUCCAGAGACCCAAGCAGUCAGAGCACACAGGGAGCUUCUACAGCAACCAAUAGUGAGACAUCAGCACCAACCAGCGGCCUCCCUAGAUCUACGCCUGAACAAGGUAUGCGUCCAGACCCAGCCAGGCUAGCUCCUCUGGAAAUAAUUACAUUUGAGAUGGUACCUCCACCAGCACAAAGGGCAUUGGGAGGCUCAGGAAAUCUGUCCCCUCCACUCCCACCUGCUCCUCCUCCUCCAACUCCUCUGGAGGAGGCACCCCGAGUUGCACUGUCACAGGACGGUUCUGAGAGAGAAGAUCCACCUGUGUAUUCAACGAUAGAGCCCUUUAAAAAUCAGCUGGAGAGCAAAGACAGCCUUGGGAUCCAUAGCCUUUGUCAAGGAGAGGAGUCAGCUCCAAGGCAAAGUGAAAAGCAAACUCCAAAGCAUGCUGCCGCUGAGGGAGAGAGCACUGGUCUUCCCAGCCCAGCACAGGAGGCUGAGCUGGCCACACCAGGCGAAGGGGACAUGGCCCAUUCAGUACAGGAACCUUCAGACUGUGAUGACGAUGACACCACAUCAGAGAGUGCUCAGCAUGGCUUGGAGAUGGUGGAUCCCUGGGAAGAGCCCCAGUGGGUGACAAGUCCCCUACACUCUCCCACCCUGAAGGAUGUGCUGGAGGCCCAGGGCCAGGGCCCCCAGAGCCUCCGCUUGGAAAAGAGGCUUUGCCACAGGCCCAGCCUACGCCAGAGCCACUCUCUAGAUAGCAGAACUGUGGUUCCAAGCCAGUGGCCACUCCAGGUUUCCUGCUCUAGCAGUUGUGCUAAUCUGGAAAUAAAGAGGAAUUCUGACCCUGUGCAGCCUCUGACCCCCAGGAGAGAGAUUUCAGGAUGGGAUGAGAAAGCCCUAAAGACCUUCCAAGAGAUUUCCAUCCUGAAAGGGGCAGAGGCUCUUCCUGGUCAGGAAGGUCCAGGUGAGGUGCAACCCACAGUGGCGAGAAGUGGCCCCAGCAGCCUAGCAGAAGGCAAAGAGCUGCAAGCAAAUGGGGAACACAGCGACCCUCAGGCUCAGCAGGGUGCUGUUCCUGGGCCAGAGAACAGCAAGGAGGGUUCACCCAGGGUGCAGGACACUUCACCUGGAGAGCAGCCCCUCAAAGUACAGCUGAAGAGUCCUGAGUGUGGACCACCAAGAGGGAAAAACAGGCCCUCUUCCCUCAACCUGGACUCCACCAGCCUCAUAGCCGAUCUCUUCCGGUUUGAGAACAUGGCCUCCCUGAGUACACCUAGAACACAGCUCUCACAGCGGGGAGACCCAAAAGUCACGUGGCUGACCUCAUCUCACUGUACAGCAGAUCCCUGGAAGAUGAAUUCUCAGGACACCCAGGACCUCGACCUUGUGGCGCAUGCCUUGACAGGUCGCCGCAACUCAGCUCCCGUGAGCGUGUCUGCAGUGAGAACCUCCUUCAUGGUCAAAAUGUGCCAGGCCAGGGCGGUGCCAGUCAUCCCACCCAAGAUUCAGUACACACAGAUCCCACAGCCCCUGCCUUCUCAGGGCUCAGCGGAGAGUGGGGCCCAGCCUCCAGAGAAGGCCCAUGAGGAAUCCAGCUCAAUCAGUGGGCUAUCCCACAAACCUGCCAAAAACGAUUCUUGCUCCUCCCAGCAAAGCCCCAAGGAAGAGAAACCAAAGCAAGAGAUAGGCAUUCUCAAGUCCUCCCUAGCAGACACUGCUGCAUCUUGCUUGUGCGAGGGACCCACGCUUUCUUCAAUGCCAGGCGUGUCUAAACCACUCUCCACCCAGGAUGCUACCUUGCAGUGCAGGAAGCGCACGUCAGAGACUGAGCCUUCUGGGGACAAUCUCCUCUCCUCCAAAAUGGAACGACCAUCUGCAAAUUCAAAGCCUUUCCACAGGUCAAGACCAGGAAGACCUCAGAGCCUCAUCUUAUUCAGCCCUCCUUUCCCUAUCAUGGACCACCUGCCCUCCUCUUCCGCAGGGACAGAUUCCAAGGUCCUGCUGUCCCCUAUCAGAAGUCCUACCCAGACCGUCUCCCCUGGCCUUCUCUGUGGGGAGCUGGCAGAAAACACAUGGGUGACACCGGAAGGGGUCACUCUUAGGAAUAAAAUGACCAUCCCUAAGAACGGCCAGAGAUUGGAGACCUCAACCAGCUGUUUUUAUCAGCCCCAGCGGAGAUCAGUGAUCCUGGAUGGAAGAAGUGGGAGGCAGAUAGAAUGACAGAGCUUCACCUGCUGGUUUCAGGAAACAGAUCAUGAGUCCCCUGGAAGCUGAAGGCCUUUUUGUCUGAGCAUAGGCUUAUUCAAGCUUGGGCUUUCUUUCUUUUUUUCUUUCUUUCUUUUUUUUUUUCA